CUGCCUUUGUGGUUUCUCUCCUUCCAGCGGCGUGCGUGACGAGGACGUGCACAUUUCCUGAGCGGAUGAAGGCCCACUGAAGGAUGAGGAUGCCGCGGUCAGCUUCCAUCACCGUGGGUCGACCUGUGGAACAUCGUUCAGUCUUCUCAUGAGGACGUCAGGGGACAUCUCAAUCAUCCAACUUGCGUCGGCCUUCUGGUGAAGGGCCCCACAGGGUUGUUUUUUUUAUUGUUGCCGGAAGAGCAGUGCUGCCCCCUUUUGGAGACUCUUUGAAUUGCUUUGCAGCGAUGAACUUUGGACCUUUCGGCUUGCACAGGAAGAUAUUUGGGAUCUAAAUGCGUCCCAGGUGGAGCGCCAUGCUGCAGCACAACAACAACAACAACUACCCCUGCCUCAGCGGCUCCGCCCACGAGGCGCCCCUCAAGUGCUCCGCCGCCGCCGCCGCCGCCGUGCCCUUCCCCAGCAGGCUGGAGAUGGGCUUGGGCGACCUCCCGCUCAUCCGGGGGCUGCGAGCCUGGGUUCUGUGCUCCAAGAGCCGCCAGAAGGGGGGCGGCGGCGGCCCGGUGGCGGGUGGACGGGCGCCGGCGACGCCGCCUGUUGGUCGAAGGACUUCCUGUCCCAGACCCGCAGACGUGCACCUGGGCGGAGGGUGGGGUCGCACGGGGUACGGCCUGCCCCUGGACGCCAGGCAGGCGGGGCUCGGCGCCCUGGUGACGGUCGCCACCCUGAAGACGUGUGAAGGCAACGGGAAGACGCAGACUCAGUGUCUCUUCCUACGCAACGACAAAGGAAGUUGUUUGUACUCCACAGCCAAGCCCGCCUCCGGCGGGACGACCGGGGUCGGGGGCUGGCUGAGGGGGAAGUCGGGGUCGGCGAGGAGGGACGCCGCUUCCUCUCUUCAAACGGAGGCCAGGGGUGGCGUGCGGUCAGGCCGCAGAUGGAGGAAGUCUGGUCACGCCGCUGGCCGGGAGAAGAAAGGCAAGGGGGAGGAGCCUGAGGGGGAAGCUGCAAAGAAACAGGAAGUGGGCUUGGAGCAGCAGCAUGAGUGUAAAGACCGCGAGGGACAUCUUGAACAUGAUUCCAACACUCAGGUGGAGGAGGACAGGCUGAGAGGAGGCGUUCCGACGAGCCGGGAGGUGACGGCCAUAAAUAAGAGUCGGGAGGAGGAGGAGGGGGAGGAGGAGGGGGAGGAGGAGGGGGAGGAGCCCAACCCUGACCUGGAAUCUGCUCACAGGGAAAGUGGCCGAAGCAACGACUGGAACAUGAAAGACAAAAAGCAGGAGCUGCUUCUUAGAGAAGAAGAAGUGAGAGACGUCGCGGUCACCGAGCCCUCCCGUCCUGCAGGGGGCGGCACCGGCAAAGACCAAAGUGAAACUUGCCGGGUAAGGAGGGCGCCGGCGAAGUGGACCGCACCGCCGGGUCACAGCGGCCACCUCGAGAGGGUCGGCGGGUCUCCAGGAGGUGACGAGGAGGACGAUUGGACGCCGCAGGAGACGCCACUUGAAUGCGUGGGGAGGGAAGGGGGCGGAGUCUCUCCUCUCGCUCCCCGCCUGCGUAAUCCUGCCCCCUCCGCGCGCCCCCCUGGCGCCAUGGCAACCACUCUGGACGCAGCAGAAGGAGGAGGAGGAGGAGGAGCCCCAGACGGGAGAGAAGUGGAGCGCCAGGAGGAGGAAGAUGAGUUUGGAGUGUUCAUGCAGGCCGAGAGAGGAGCGGCGAGCAGCCAGGGCGUCGCCUUGUCUGCCCCAGUGCCUUGUGGGAACUCAGCGGCGUCUGAUUGGACGCCGACCUGGACAGGAAGUCCCAUCCAGCAUCCGGGCGACGCCUGGGCCGCCUUCCCUCAGGACGCGAGGGGAGAAAGUCGGCAUGAGGCGGGACUUUGGUGGCCUGAGGAGGAGAGGAGAGGCGCUGAUGAUCACAAUCUGGCGGGUCUCUUUGCAUCAGCCUUUCCCCCGCUACCCGACUCACCCCCCCGGGACCCCGGCGACCCCGACGUUAUUCCCACGUUGACGCAGCUCCUGGCGGGAAGCGGCGGUCAGAAGCAGCGGCUUCUGGGCGGCUUUGCUGAUGUCAGCAAAAUGACGGUCCACAGAUACAAAGGAGGAAGUGGCGGCGUGUCACGUGACCUGAUGUUGAGGUCUUUGCACGUGGAGGCGCCCGGCACAGUCACCUGCUGGGCCAACCGCCGCCCCUCAGCCAAUCAGCACGCGGCCGCCAAGAGACGGCUGUCGUGCGACAACAACGCCAGCGUGACGGACUGACCCUCCACCCGUGCCGAGCAGGAAGUUGACGCUCGCUUCCUGUUUGGGCGGAGACUCUUUUUUUUUUCCCCAAAGCUGCCAGGACUUUGAGGAGCGAGCCAACGCCACAAUGAAGUUGUGUUUGGCGCCGUGUCACAUGACCUGAGCCUC